GCCGCGGAAAUGGGCAAGGUACCUGAGAAUUAUAGGAUCUGGGCACCGGGGAAGGCAUCGUCGGGCAACGGUCUAUAUUUCGAUGGUUACGUCAGAACCAAGAGAAGGAAGAUUUUUGUGUCAAAUUGUUCGCGGUAGAUAGAAAAAGUGCACAUUGAAGAUGUGCUGAUUGUUAGCGGUUUGAAUUAAUUUGUUGGGAAAAGUUGGGUUAGGAAACCAAUUAUCUUUUAGCAAUAAGAUCACCAAGAUGAACGGUGUUUCUAUUUCGCUGAAAAGACGGCAAAUCCAACCCUCCCCCAACGUCAACACUAAAAGAUAAUUGUUCCAGUCAUGAUGCCGAUUGCGAACAGCCGGGAACCUCCCUGCCGGAGAUGCUGUGUACCGGAUGUGUACACGAUGUGGAGCUACUGUCGAUGCCGGUCGGGGUUGCCAGACGCAAACGCUACCAGGAACGUCCGUUUGUCAAGCGGUUCGACCAAAAUUAGCCACCAGUAUCGCCAGGAAUGCAGGGAAGUUUACGCGGCACGACUCCAACAACUACGCCAGGUUCAACUUGCUGCCCAGGAGGCGUUGGCCACUAAGCAGCGGGAAUGGAUCGAGAAUCAGGCGCGAAUUAAACGUGACUACGAAAUUGCGAAGGCAGAGUUGCAACAGAAGAUAGAGGUUUGUGAAAACUCCUUCCGAUUGCGAGAAGAGCAGAUUUUGGGACGUUUUGAGGUUAGAGGCACGGUGACACAGCAGAGUGCGGAAAAUAGAGGGAACGAAGAGCUGAUUCGGGCUCGACGUUGCGAGUCUUCCGAUUCGAAGAUAGAGCCAGCGAAGACAAACAAACAAUCUGGUCAGGACAACCAGGCUACUACGACAUCUGGAGGUGGCGCCGGGGUGGACAACAUUGAGAAACCAGCCGGCAAAACCACUUCGGAUAGGGCGUUUGCUGGUGUGUCACGAAUUGAUGCGGAUUUGUUGUCAACAUUGGGUGAAUCUACAGGUCGAAGAUGGGAAGCCGUAACAGAGUUAGCCGUCAGCACGCUACCCUUUACUCACCCGUCUACUGUGCGAACGUGCUCAAACGUCAUCGAGACUCACAACACUAUCAGCAGCUUUGCGAGCAAAACAAACAGCGAAGAAAGUUGUUUACAAUUAGCGGUAGGCCAGCAGGAGGUGGAAUUCGAAGGGCUGGUGUCGUCGAAAAAGUGCGGUCUUGAUCAGCUGAUGCUGGUAAAUCGAGAACCUGUAGAGCAGAUAUUCAGUGUCCAGCAAGAACAGCGAUCGAUUCGGGACCAAGAAUCACUAGAUCUGGACGCGCAAUGUUCGCCGAGGUCAAGAAACCAGCAACUACCACCUCUGCACGAAUCUGGAUCACAGCUUGUCGUGUGUUGGAUGGCACUGCGAGGGCGGUUAAUCCCAAAAAGUGAACUUCACGAUGACCCACUGUUUAUCAGCACGGUGAUCAACAUCGAUCGAUGGUAUGGAUACUCUGGUGCCGAGAACUGUGAGAAAACAAAGAAGUUGAUUGGACACUCAAGGCAGAAUGAACGCGGAGCGCGUUCACCGAGUUUAGAGCGAUGGGAAGGGACUGGUGGAGUCUCGACGAUAAGGCACGAUCGGCUUGACAAACUUAUCGUGCCCCCGAAGCAAGGAGCACAGCUGAAUGCUGUUCCACGCGCGUCUGCAAUGAUCGAAAUUUGCGCUCUGGAACUAACUAGAGCGAAGCGGAGCGGAAUCUCACUGGCCCGCUGGUUACCGAAACUUAGGCAGGAGAAUUUCCAGUGGUUCCAAAUCGAGCCCGGUGGGAAGACACCGGUUGAUGCUGAUUCAUCGGAAACCAGAUCGAAUCAGUACCAUCGGCGGCAAUGACGAAUGGAGGUAACAACGGACCGGAACACCGGACCAUUGUUACGGUCGGGGAAAUGUUGCCGCGGAAAUGGGCAAGGUACCUGAGAAUUAUAGGAUCUGGGCACCGGGGAAGGCAUCGUCGGGCAACGGUCUAUAUUUCGAUGGUUACGUCAGAACCAAGAGAAGGAAGAUUUUUGUGUCAAAUUGUUCGCGGUAGAUAGAAAAAGUGCACAUUGAAGAUGUGCUGAUUGUUAGCGGUUUGAAUUAAUUUGUUGGGAAAAGUUGGGUUAGGAAACCAAUUAUCUUUUAGCAAUAAGAUCACCAAGAUGAACGGUGUUUCUAUUUCGCUGAAAAGACGGCAAAUCCAACCCUCCCCCAACGUCAACAC